AUGUCUUACCAACAAACUGCGAGCCAUCCGGAGGCUAAUUUCCCUCCUCGUCCAACAUCCGCCAUGUAUAACCAAAAUCAGAUCCGCACUCCGCGUGAGUCUCAAUCUCAAGCAAAUGCUUCAACCCCAUCGACCGACGCAAUGACCGCCAUGAUGAGCCAAUUUGCCGGUCUAAGCAUCCCAGCUGCCAAUCUGACCGCCGGUGCAGCUCCCAUGGGACCGCAAUUGCAAUACUACUUCAAUCAAGAUGGACAACCAUUUAUCGGUCCUGCCGCAGCUGCUGCCGGCAUGUAUACUCAACAACAGAUGGCACCUGCGCAACUUUCGGAACUUUACAAUCCAUACCAAACUGCCGCCGCCGUUCAGCAGGCAUCCUAUCUGACCCAAGCUUCUUAUGCUGGGUUCCCUGGGUACACCAUGAUGCCAUACCCCUCAGCUCGUGCCGGUUACUAUGCAGAUCGUACUGAGCAUCACAAAGACGUUCCAGGUCUUGAGAAUCGACGAGGCUCCUACUCCACCACCAACGAGUCCGCCCCAAGCACUCCAUAUUACGGCGCUCUCCAACGCGAGCAAGGUGGAACUCACAUCGCUGCCGUUGAUCGAUCUGUCUUUGGAUCUACGCCUUCUCCACAGCAAUUGGCUACUCAGCACGCUGACCAGCAUGUCACCAAGCCUCUGCCAUACAAGACCAUUCCAAUCAAUGUUGAUCUCGACGCUUUGCUUGUUCAACACCCAAUCAUUCCCCGGGCAAUUCCUGCAAUCUUCACACCUCGUGAGAACAUUCGAACUCUCGACCAGAGCUUAUCCAACCCAAUCCCCAACAAUCGAAACGUCUACAUCCGUGGCCUCCACCCAAAUACCGAUGACGAGACACUCGCAGCUUACGCUUCUCGUUUCGGAGCAGUCGAGACAUCCAAGGCCAUUAUUGAUACAUCCACUGGGGCUUGUAAAGGAUUUGGGUUUGCAAAGUACCAUAACGUUCGUGAUUCGGAGCUCUGUAUUCGUGGAUUUUACAAGCUUGGAUAUGAAGUUGGCUUUGCUAGGGAAUCUUUCAACUCGCGCCUCAAGGCUGAGGGUGAUGAGUCUUCCACGAACCUCUACGUGUCCAACCUGCCAAAAAACAUGACUGAGUCGGAACUUGGUGCUAUUUUCAUGGAUUACACUGUCAGCUCCAGCAGAAUCCUUCGAAAUUCCAAUAACGAAAGCCGUGGCGUUGGCUUUGCCAGAUUCGAGACUCGCGAAAUCUGUGAUGAGAUCAUCCGCAAGUUUCACGGUCAGCCAAUUGGUGAAGAAGGUCUCCUCCUCCAAGUUCGUUUCGCCGACACCCCAGCUCAAAAGGACCUCAAGCGCAUCACUACGGAGCGUCGUCAAUUCAGAACCAACGAGUACAAUGUCGGUGCUUAUGGUGCUGGAUCGGACAUCAUGACCUUGUCACCACCGAUUUCAUCUCCAGUCCUUCCUCGCACCGGCAUGAUUGCCCAACACCUUCCAGCUUCUCGUGCAAGCGGUUCUUGGAAGCGGGAUGGUUCUGCUAGCGGAUCAUCUAUUGGAAUUGCUACGUUCAAAGAUAUUGAUCGCCAACCCAAGGUGGAGUUGAUCGAGGCGACUCCAAACAAGUCGAAGGACAAGAAAUCUUAUGCCUCCACUCCAACCGUCUCGGAGUCUGAUGAGGGUUCUGUCGAUGAGGCUGUUAAUUGUGAUGCUCCAGCCGUUGCUCAUGGCGGACAAGUCUCUCCAACGGCUCGCAAAUCUUAG